UUACACAGAGACAUUUGGGAUUGACCAUAACUGAACGCGGGAAUUGGCGGGUAUUGGUACUAAAACAGUAUCUGUAACCUUGGUGAUAUUUCUUAAUACAGCAAAGUUUUUAGUGUCGGCUCCCACUUCCCCCGGGUGAGAAGGGGUUUUAUUCGUAUGUCUGACAUGGAGAACUUUCAGAAAGUGGAGAAAAUCGGAGAGGGAACAUACGGAGUGGUUUAUAAAGCUAAAAACAAAAUCACCGGCGAAACCGUGGCUUUGAAGAAAAUCCGCCUGGACACGGAGACCGAAGGCGUGCCGAGUACCGCCAUUCGAGAAAUCUCCCUGCUGAAGGAGCUCAAUCACCCCAAUAUUGUCAAGCUGCUCGAUGUCAUCCACACGGAGAAUAAGCUUUAUCUCGUGUUUGAAUUUCUUCACCAAGACCUCAAGAAAUUUAUGGACUCGUCCUCAGUUAACGGCAUUUCACUUCCGCUGGUCAAGAGCUACCUGUUCCAGCUGCUGCAGGGUCUGUCUUUCUGUCACUCUCACCGGGUUUUACACCGAGACCUGAAACCUCAGAAUCUGCUCAUUAAUGCGCAAGGAGAAAUUAAACUGGCCGAUUUUGGCCUGGCCAGGGCUUUCGGUGUGCCCGUACGCACAUACACACACGAGGUUGUGACUUUGUGGUACAGAGCACCAGAAAUUCUGCUGGGCUGUAAGUAUUAUUCCACAGCUGUCGACAUCUGGAGCUUGGGCUGCAUUUUUGCCGAAAUGAUUACUCGGAGGGCGCUGUUUCCUGGAGAUUCAGAAAUCGAUCAGCUGUUCCGCAUUUUCCGAACCCUCGGCACUCCCGAUGAGUCUGUGUGGCCUGGAGUGACCUCAAUGCCUGAUUACAAGCCAUCUUUCCCCAAGUGGGCACUGCAGGACCUGUCUAAAGUGGUGCCCCCUCUGGAUGACGACGGCAGAGACCUGCUCGCACAAAUGCUGAGAUACGACCCCAACAAGAGAAUCUCGGCCAAGAACGCCCUCGUUCACCGAUUCUUCCGUGACGUCACCAUGCCCGCGCCUACUUUGCGGUUUUGAGGCACGUGUUUGUGACUGGCGUAGGCUGUGGAGGCAGAGCAAUCCCAUCCAUCGUCUCUUCUUCCUGAGGACGUUCUUCCUCUACGCCAGAGACUGUCAGACUGUUUCAGUCUUCAGCUUUGGUGCCUUUUAUAUACCAGAGUUUAGCUAAAGUCGAGGUAUUGUGGGGAAGGUUGUAGUUUAUAAGCACAGUGCUCUCAUCUGCUCAGAUUGUGUACCAUGUGCUUGUGCAUUCUGCAGGCUGUUCUUUCUGGAAGGUGACAUUCCGUAAAUCUCUGAACUGUUUAUUCAGGAAUUAGUUGACUGUCUGUUAUUAAAAAAAAAAAAAAAUCUCUUCAUUAAGAGUCCUAUGAUGCACCA